CGGGCCCGAGGGUUCCCCGAGCGCUCGGAGCUCAGCCCCCACGGCGGGUGCUGGGAGGGGAACCCCGGCUCGUUCGGCCGGGCACCCGGCAGUGCGGCUCGGGGAGCAGCCGGGUGAAGGAGCCGCUGCAAGGGCUGGGCUGUUAAACCCGGCUGUGGGACCGACGCUCUCUCCCCAAGGCGCCUUCUCUCCACGGCGUCCCUGACAGGCACCGGCCACCGGCGGAGGCUGCGCUGCCGGGAUUGCGAGAGAUGGAAUAACCCUCGCAACUUACACGAGGUCUCCUCAGACAACACAGCGCGUGGCCCGGGGAGGGGACGGGCACGAGGGCUCCCGGCCCCGGUCGGGAGGGCACGGAGCGCUCCCGCCCCGCUCCCGGCAGCGCGGCUCUCGCCCGGCCGAGCUGCGGGCACAGGGGCGGCGUCGCGCGGCUUCGUCGCGGAGCUGUGGCGUCAUCGCCGCGCGCCGCAGCGGCGGGAGCGGAGCGGCGGAGCGGCGGCCGGAGCCAUGCCGGGCCACAAGUCCUUCCGCCGGCGCAGGGAGGACGAGGAGGAGGAGGAGGAGGACGAGCAGCUCGCCGAGGAGGUCAGGUUAAAACUUGAGGAAGCCAAAGAAGUUCAGAGCCUCAGAAAACGGCCCAAUGGGGUGAGUGCUGUAGCUCUACUGGUGGGAGAGAAGUUGCAAGAAGAAGCCACACUUGUGGAUGACCCAUUUAAGAUAAAAUCUGGGGGAAUGGUGGACAUGAAGAAGCUGAAAGAAAGAGGCAAGGACAGGAUUAAUGAAGAGGAAGAUCUGAACUUGGGAACUUCCUUCUCAGCAGAAACCAACAGGCGGGAUGAAGAUGCUGACAUGAUGAAAUACAUUGAGACUGAGCUGAAGAAGAGAAAGGGAAUUGUGGAGAAUGAAGAGCAGAAGGUGAAGCUUAAGAAUGCUGAGGACUCCCUGUAUGAGCUGCCAGAGAACAUCCGUGUCUCCUCUGCCAAGAAGACUGAGGAGAUGUUGUCCAACCAGAUGCUGAGUGGCAUUCCUGAAGUGGACCUGGGAAUCGAUGCAAAAAUAAAAAACAUCAUCUCAACUGAAGAGGCCAAGGCCAAGCUGCUGGCAGAACAGCAGAACAAGAAGAAAGACAGUGAAACUUCCUUUGUUCCCACCAACAUGGCUGUUAAUUAUGUCCAGCACAACAGAUUUUAUCAUGAGGAGCUGAAUGCCCCAGUGCGAAGGAACAAGGAGGAGCCAAAGCCUCGUCCACUGCGCGUGGGGGACACGGAGAGGCCAGAACCAGAACGGUCUCCUCCAAAUCGCAAACGUCCCCUCAAUGAAAAGGCCACAGAUGAUUAUCACUAUGAGAAGUUCAAGAAGAUGAACAGGCGAUACUGAUGGAUGUGGACUGAAGCCUUUGGAGUUGUGUAAAGGAUUUUGUGUCAGUGGCCUGCAGUGGAUGUUGGGAAGAGUCACUACCUUCAGAUGCUGAUGUUACCUACGAAGCUUUUCCUGUGUGAUCUUGUAGUGAAUCAGUUUGCAGGUGAUCGUGAACUUUUUGAUUGGUGUAACUUUGUAUAUAAAUGUGUUCUUAUAAAUUAAGUUUUAUAACGGAAAAUGAGCUUUCAUGGUUGGCAUUUUUUAAUGAGAAAACAAAUUGGCUUUUAUAGAUUUUUCUUUUCACCAUCUUAAUACUACAAAAAGACAUCCUUUAAAAGCAGCAAUGCUGUUUGCUUUGUAAAUUUAAAGCUCUUGGGAGCUUGUCUUCUUGUCCACAUAUCUUUCCCAGAAGUGCAGUGUGGGUACUUGUAGUGAAGAUUUGUAAUUUGGAAACAGUAAAAGUGUUUUUUAAGUUAUCAUA